AUGCUCAUGCUGGGGGAUUGUGAGAAGCUGCUCGGUGAUGGUCUUCUCCGUUUGCCCAAGAAACACAACUUCCGCUAUGGCCCCGCUGCCGAGAAGGACCUACUAGAGCUUCUCUUCCGAUCGCUUGUCGGACACAACACAGACCUAUUACAACAGCUGUUCCCAGAAGGAACUCCAGCCGGACCAUGGAAACUGGCGGAGGCUCAAGGUGCCCGGGAAGGGGCCGAGUACAGUGAGGCAGCGCGGGGCAAGCGCUGCGGUCAUAUCUUCCGUGCUGGGGAAGCCACAUACCGAUGCGUGACCUGUGCCGCAGAUGAUACGUGCGUGCUGUGCAGUCGAUGCUUCGAUUCCUCGGAUCACACCGGACAUCAAUAUCAGAUUUCGCUUUCCUCCGGAAACUGUGGCUGCUGUGACUGUGGUGAUGACGAAGCAUGGCGCCUUCCGCUAUUUUGCGCAAUUCAUACCGAUAGUGGUAAUACCAAGGGCAAGGAACGGGCGCAGCGGGUACUGCCUUCUGAGCUUGUGGCCUCGAUCCGCUUGACUAUAUCCCGUGUGCUCGACUACUUCUGUGAUGUUAUCUCUUGCUCCCCGGAGCAAUUGCGGCUGCCAAAAACUGUCGAGGGCAUCAGGCAAGAUGAGGAAGCCUCUCGGCUGCGUCCGGACCGGUAUGGCGCUGGCGAUGAAGAGGAAGAAGAACCUGAAUUUGCGGUCAUGCUGUGGAAUGAUGAGAAGCAUACAAUUCGCGAUGUCUCUCAUCAGGUCACGCGUGCUUGUCGUGAACGAGAUAGCUUUGGCGUUGCGCGGGCUCAUGAAACAAACGAUAUGGGCCGCAGUGUGAUAAAGUAUUCGAAGGACCUGAACAGACUCUUAGGCGUUUCUAAGAUAAUUGAGGAGAUCAAGGUUACCGUCACGGUGCGCUCUGCGCGUGAUACUUUCCGCGAGCAAAUGUGCACAACUAUAGUGGAGUGGUUGGCUGAUAUUGCCGGCUGUGAAAUCCUCGAGGACAAUGAGAUUAUCAGAGAAAUCAUUUGUGAGGAAAUGCUUACGCCCUGGAAAAAGGGCAGUGGGGGAUAUAACGAAGAUAUCGGCAUGAAGGGCAUUGACGAUCAUCAGCGGACUGAGAACCUUCCAGGUCGCACGCUCAUGAUUAAUUUGCCUAACCAUGGUCAGGUCCUCUUGACCGCCGACGAUGACGAAGAUGAUAUGCUUGACGACGAUGUUAUAGACGAAGAGGAAGACGAAGACUAUGUCGAGGCCCACGAUGCUGAUGAUGAAGAUGACGAUGAAAUGGACAUCGAACUCACUCGUGAUCAGGAAGAAGACGAAGAUAUGCUCUUGGCAGGUGCAGACCAGGAACUUGCUCUAGCAGAGCGCAUUCUCGCCGGACUCACUGGCACCCAGCCGCCACCUCCUCGACCAGCACCGGCUCAAACCGCAGAUCGGUCCUCUGCCGAACGAGGCCCGUCUGCAUCUCAAAGUCCUGGCCCUGAAUCCGCCCCUACUGGCUAUAUCCCCAUUCCUAAGACUCCUGGUUCGCAUCGGCAAAGGCCUUCGAACACAGAAAGUCACUGGCAAGUCCGGCCGUCUAUUCCCGCUCCAGGUGAAAAGGUACCUCCGUAUGAAGACCUGUGGCAGCGUACUCGCCUAGACUGGCUGGUGCUCUAUGACUUGAGGUUGUGGAAGAAGACACGAACCGACUUGCGUGAUCUCUACAUCAGCACUGUUGUCAAUGUUCCUCAGUUCAAGCGCAUUAUGGGUCUUCGUUUGUCUGCGUUAUACACGGCUCUGGCUCAACUUUACCUCAUCGCGGAUCGAGAGCCGGACCACUCGAUUGUCAAUCUUUCAUUGCAGCUUCUCACAACCCCAUCCAUCACCGAAGAGAUUGUUGUGCGAGGCAACUUCCUCACAAAGGUGAUGUCUAUUCUCUAUACUUUCCUGACUACGAGACAAGUUGGUGAACCACAAUCCGUGAACCCCAACGCCACGCUGGCAUUCGAUGCUGGCUCAGUUACAAACAGACGUCUCUACCACUUCUUCCUUGACCUCCGAUACCUUCUCCAAUCUGAAUAUGUCCAGCACCGUGUGCGGACUGAGGAACAAUAUCUUCCUCAAUUCCUUGAUCUCGUCAAGCUGUCACAGGGUAUUUGCCCUAAUGUCCGCGCUGUUGGUGAACACGUUGAAUAUGAGACGGAUGCUUGGAUCAGUGCGUCAAUUCUCAUGCGGGAGAUCAACCGACUUUGUCGCCAAUUCUGCGAGUCUUUCCGCAACCCUGAAAUUGACAACGGUGACAACCUUCUCAGGGCAAUCGAGACCACCACCACUACUGCGAUUCUCCAUUCAGCUGGCGUAGAACGCAAGCGGUUCGACCAAGCAGAAAUAAAGGAUGAAGUAAGAUUCAAGCUGCUGCCACCUUUCGAUUUUGAGGUCGGCGCCUCUGGCCAAGUCCCCUGCCACCGGGUGGUUGAAUUCGUGGUGGAACGUGGAUCUAUCAGUUUCCACCACGCCCUUCACUACACAUUGUCAUGGCUUAUUGAAUGCGGACGAGACAUAAGCAGCGAGACUAUGCGCGACGUUCUCUUUGACGCUGCCAAUGCGGCGAGGAGUGAGAUCCAUGCCGCCAAGACUGCGAACCCUAGUAGUGUUGAUGAUGUUUUGAUUGCCCUUGGACCGGAGGACUUGCUUCUGGCCAUGUUUGACUAUCCACUCCGAGUUUGCGCUUGGCUGGCGCAAAUGAAGGCUGGCAUGUGGGUUCGCAAUGGUCUCAGUCUUCGGCACCAAAUGUCGCAGUACCGUGGAGUCUCUUCUCGUGACUUUGCCUACUACAGAGAUAUCUUCCUUCUCCAGACUGCCCUGGUUACUUGUGAUCCUAGCAGAGUUCUUGCUUCCAUUGCACACCGCUUUGGCAUGGUUGAGUGGAUGGCUCGUAACUACAUGCCCCGUCCUGGAUACGAAGAUACCCAGAUUGUGGAUGUGGCAGAGGAAUUUGUUCAUCUACUGGUGAUCCUCCUGACGGAUCGAACAUCUUUGACUGCCAUCGAUGACAGCACUCACCUCACCCAUGAAAACAUCAAACGUGACAUCGCUCAUGUCUUGUGCUUCAAGCCGCUGUCUUUCUCCGACCUCUCAACCCGCCUUAGUGACAAGCUUCUAGACUCGGACAUGUUCCAAGAUGUGUUGGAAGAUGUCGCCAACUUCCGCCCACCCGAGGGCUUGAGUGACUCUGGUACUUUCGAAUUGAAGCCCGAACAUCUCGAUCUUGUUGAUCCAUACAGCGCACACUAUACAAAGAACCAAAGAGACGAAGCAGAGAAUAUUUACAAGGAAUGGAUGGCGAAAAAGACAGGCAAGAAUGCCUCUGACAUUGUCUUUGAGCCAAAACUUCGACCCAUCAGCUCCGGCGUGUUCUCAGAUCUCCCCCGAUUCGCCGGAACGAUGCUGUUUGCCCAGAUUGUUCACCAAUGCUUGGAAUACGUUAUUUCAUCAAAAGAAUGUACACCAACUAUCCCACCGACACGUGUUGAGACUUUCCUUCAAGUGAUUCUGCAUCUUAUCCUUGCAGCAGUGCUGGAAGAUAAUUCCGAGGAAAAUGAUAUGGUAGAAGAGCAUUCCAAUUCAUUCAACUGGAACGCUUUGUCAAAGACGCGAGAGAUCAAGGCCGGCCAUUUGACCAUCGUCGGUUUAUUGGAGAGAAUUUCCGUCACGACUGAAUUCACCGCAUCUGGCCCUAAAAUCCGACACAUACUCAAACGUCUAUGGCAAAAGCGCCCUCGCACGUAUUCAUCGGCAACUGCGUCUCUCAAAUUCCCCUUCGACCGAAUUGACACCAACUCUCCCGCAAUUGACGCAGACAACGACAGGGAGGUCAAGAAGAAGCAAGCACUGGAGAGGCAAGCCAAGGUGAUGGCGCAGUUCCAGCAGCAGCAGCAACAAUUCUUGAACAGUCAGGGUAACAUCGACUGGGGCGAAGAAGAUUUCAGCGACAUCGAGUCCGAUACAGACGCUACCCCAUUAAAGAAGCUAUGGAAGUACCCUAGCGGAACAUGUAUCUUGUGCCAGGAAGAGACCAGCGAUUCGAGGCUCUACGGUACCUUUGCCUUAGUUCAAGACAGCACAAUUCUGCGACAGACCGAUAUCAGGGACUCCGAUAGGAUUCGUGAGGUGCUCAGAACACCCACAAGUCUGGACAGGUCCGCUGAACAAGUGCGGCCAUUUGGUGUAUCCGGAGAGAACCAUACUACCAUCAAGCGUCUUGACUCUUCUGGUGGUGAAGUCAUUAGCGAAAAAAUUGGACUGAGCAAAGGGUUCAACGCAAAGAGUACUCUUCGUGGGCCUGUGACUACUGGUUGUGGGCACAUAAUGCAUUACUCCUGUUUUGAGCAGUACUUUACGGCAACACAGCGGCGACACACCCAGCAGAUUGCUCGUCACCAUCCCGAGAACACUAAUCUCAAGGAGUUUGUCUGUCCUCUCUGCAAAGCUCUUGGAAAUGCAUUCCUCCCCAUCUCCUGGAAGGGCAAGGAAGAGUCUCCCCUUGUUCCGCUUAGUUCCUCUGAAUCAUUCGACCAGUGGAUUCAACUAGGCCUCAAGCACUCAUUGAAUCAACCGCAGAACUUCCCAGUCCUCAUGGAGAAGGAGAAAGCCUAUCCUCAACCAUAUACCGACAUCUUUAUUGACUACUUGUCUAAGACCCUGGUUCCUCCGCUUUCUAAUAGUAUUGAUCAAUUGAGAGCCUCGUCUUUCCCAGCAACUGCCUCUGCACAAUACAUCACGCCAGCGCGCAUGCCAAUGCCAGGUGUUUUCCCUCCCACCGAAGACCUCGCGCCUUCCAGCCCACUUCAGCAGGUGUCGAGUCCCUCGGACAGCCCUAUGUCGGAACUGCUUCAGAGCUAUAGGCGACUCAAGAAGACACUCACGACAAACCAUGUCAAUUCGAUUUUCAACAACACUUCUGAGGCGAAUGGCAAUGAAGAUCUUGUACAUACUGAUUCUCUAAUUCGCAGCUUUGGUUUCAGCAUUGCUGCAGUUGAGAUCGCGCAGCGUGGUGUUGAGUCAGAGCCUGGCUCGACCUUGCUCGACACAAUUCCUUCGUUAACGCUUACCCAUCUGCGCGUUCUAUCAGAGACGGUGUUGACAUAUGCUGCUGUUGGGUGUCUUCACUCGACGGGGCCAUCAAAAAGCCGCACAACAAAUGAGUUCCAGGAGAUGCAUCGUCAAAAGAUCUGCCAGCUACUUGUCGGGCACCCUUGUUUGAGCGGCACAGCUUUGCUCAAUGAUGUCCGUAACAUCGAGCCUCUGCUUGCUGUGGAUACCUUUGUGUUCUUUGCAGAAUCAUCGUUGUCUCUGCUUCCAGUCCUCAAUAUUGAUAUCAGGCAUCUUGUGCGGAUGUGCUUCGUGGCUGAGAUUGUUAAGGUCGCUGUCACUUUCAUUCUUUGGCCACUGGGAUUGAAGGAGGAACUCGCCACCCAUCCCGAGGACCAUACUAUGGCUGCUGAUGUAUCUGAAGAACAAUUCGGAGUGACCAAGCAGUUCUUCGACUCGAUCGUUGCUGAACUGAAGGCAAACUCUGUCGGCCGUGCUGAGGGCUCCUCGUUCCCCGCUGAGAGUGGAUACGUCAAGGAUGGAGAGGAAACUGCCACCCCAAGCAUCAUUAUUGCCGUCCGGCGACUUGUUACGAGCUACGGACUAGCAUUCCUCCGCAAGGCAGUUAUCCUUCUUCAUGUUCAGCACGGUGUCGAGUUCCCCAAUACAGGAUUCGCUGAUGUGGAGUCCUCUGAGCUUGAGCGUCUGACCAAAGCACUUCAACUGCCUUCCCUUGAUGAGAUUCUCAUGUCUGUCAAGCCCGCACGCAAGACAAACAGCCCCUUCGACGCAGUUAUUUCAGGAUGGAUCUUCCACUGGAACGCCUCGCGCUCAGGCAUCCGCUUCGAAGACCACCGUCUCUGGCCCAGUCUGUCGCACCCUGCUAUCUUCGAGCUUGUUGGCCUGCCUAAGUACUUCGAUAGCCUGAUCGAAGAGGCAAACCGUCGCCGUUGCCCCAAUUCCAAGAAGGAGCUCACCGAUCCCAGUAUCUGUUUAUUCUGCGGAGAAAUAUUCUGCUCACAGGCAGUCUGCUGCAUGUCAAACAAACUUGGCGGCUGCAACCAACAUCUUCAAAAAUGCGGCAAAAACAUUGGUCUUUUCAUCAAUAUUCGCAAAUGCACGGUUCUCUACCUGCACAACACGAACGGAUCCUGGCAUUACGCUCCCUACCUCGACCGCCACGGCGAAGUCGACCCCGGUCUCCGUCGCAACCGCCAGCUGAUCCUCAACCAGAAGCGAUACGACCGGCUACUGCGCGAUGUCUGGCUGUCACACUCGAUCCCUGCGACUAUCAGCCGCAAGCUGGAGUCCGAGAUUAACAGCGGAGGCUGGGAGACUAUCUAAUGAACAUAAAAAUGAGGUUUUUUUUUGCGAUUGUUGAUGUGUGUGCGCUUAGAUCCUUUACUUUUGAAUUUUCGAUGGCGAAUUGGAAACGAUCGUGAUUGUGUGUUUAGCCGCUUUUUUCGUUUCCUUUCGUUAUUAUGCAUUUCUACCAUGUUUUCAUCUCUUUUUCACUGUAUAUCGGACAUGCUUUUCAUCAAUAGGUUCACUUGGUAGUUAUGAUUCAAAAAUACCAGGCUACGUUCAAGUCGAAUUUGGAUUGGAUUUGUGAA